GUGGCGUCGGCGCAGCCCCGGGGAGCGCGGCCGCCGCCUCAGCUGCAGCGGAUCGCGGAGCGGGCGCCAUGGCAGACCAGUCUUUUGUGACUCUAGCCACAAAUGACUCCUAUGUUAAAGGAGCACUGGUACUUGGUUCAUCCUUGCAACAGUACAGAACAACAAGGAAGCUGACUGCACUCAUAACUCCUCAGGUCUCAGAUCUUAUGAGGAAAGUGCUCAAGAAAGUCUUUGAUGAAGUCAUAUUGGUUAAUGUCUUGGAUAGUGGGGAUUCAGCACACUUGGCGUUAAUGAAGAGACCUGAGCUGGGUGUCACACUAACCAAGCUUCACUGCUGGGAACUGACACAGUUUUCAAAAUGUGUUUUCAUGGAUGCAGACACAAUGGUUUUGUCAAAUAUUGAUGAGCUCUUUGAGAGAGAAGAGCUGUCUGCAGCACCAGAUCCAGGCUGGCCUGACUGUUUUAACUCUGGAGUUUUUGUUUACCGACCUUCCAUUGAAACAUACAAUCAGCUGUUACAGUUUGCCACAGAGAAAGGCAGCUUUGAUGGUGCAGAUCAGGGGUUAUUAAACACCUUCUUCAGCAGCUGGGCAACAACAGACAUGAGCAAACAUCUACCAUUUAUUUAUAAUUUGAGCAGCACUUCUGUAUAUACGUACCUUCCAGCAUUUAAAGCGUUUGGUGGAAAUACUAAAGUGGUGCAUUUCCUGGGAAGCACAAAGCCAUGGAACUAUACAUAUGACUCCAGAACAAAAAGCAUAAAAGGCAACAUGGGUGACCCCAAAACAUUUCACCCAGAAUUUCUCAACAUGUGGUGGGAUACCUAUACAGUUAAUGUAUUACCAUUACUAGAACAGCAUGGAAUUGUUAAAGAAGCUACUACAGGUGUAAACAUGGCAGAGGUUACAGAGGCAGUGUCCCACAUAUCAAUAUCAGCACCAUCACCAGCAUUACCAACUGUAUCUUCAGAAGAACGCAAAGAACGGUGGGAGCAGGGCCAAGCUGACUAUAUGGGAGUGGAUUCCUUCGACAACAUCAAGAAGAAACUUGAUACCUACCUUCAGUAGAAAUGCCUGUCUCAAACAGUGGUGAUGCAAGGACUUGUUCCAGAACUAACAGCUAGAAAGGUGUAGAUGGUGGUCAGUUACACUUGCUAGUAGCUUGAUGAAAAACUUCUUGGCUGAAGGUCUCUGCAGUGCUACAGAUGAAGACUGAGCAAAAGAUAGGAAGCAGAACUCCUUGGGCCACCUAUUACUGCCCCAUUUCUAGAUAAAACCAGGUAUUUUCAGCUUAAAUUUUCUUCUGUUGUGAUCAAUUGGCUCAAAUGUACUCCUUGAAACUUGGUUUGUUACCUCACCGCAGUAAGGUGAUUAGCAUUGAUUCCUUUGCUUGCUGUUUUAGAUGUAAAAUCUAAUUCAUGGGAUUGCUCAAACACUAGAGUGGUAGCGAUUCUGCUUUACCAUUUAUGUAUUAAUGACACUGGGAUACAUACGGAUGUAACGGUAAUAGCACUGCUUUGCUCUUCCAGUCACAAUUGCACUGAAGUUUUGACCAGGUUCUUACGCACAGUGCCUACAGCAUGGCAGAAUGCAUUUUUCAGUUCUGUAUACUGCGGGACUAGUAAACUGAGUUUUAUCUGUUACUUGCCAUGUUGCACUUGAUACAAAAAUAAAAAAUGUUGUCAUGCAUUUCUGACUUCCCUAAACUCAACUGAAGAACAAAAAAAGGGGGGAGCUCUGAAGCAGUCUGACUGAAAUAGUCAACAGGUAUAACCCUUAGAGGUGAAGUGGCAUUCGCAAAGCUUGUCUUCUAGUUCUGCAACUAUUUACAUAAUAUUUACAAUUACAGAGAAUAUAGUCAUUUACCAGGGAGCUGUUUAGGGCCAAUCCCCUUAUUAGCUUGCCCCAAGUACAGGACAAGGCAGCAGAGGAAGUACCUGCUGGAGCUACACACAUAAGCAACAUGGAGCUUUGGAAGAAAGCAUUUUCUUUGGGUGACUAAAGAAACAUCAUUCCUAAUGUCAAGCCCUGUACACUGCAGAAUUGUUUUUAAACACAAGCGUGAUACUUGGCAAAGAUGGACUAAAUAGCUGCUUAAGAACCUGCACCUGCUCUGAUUGGAAAACUGCUCUUUCCAUGUGCACCAAAAGUGCCUUUUUUUUCUCCUUUUUGCUUCACUUAGGCUACACAUUGUCUUGUAAGACACAUGGAAAAGCAGUAAAAAUACCACGACAAAAAAACAUGCUCAAGUCAGACAGAGAUUGGCUGUUACCUGUACCGAGUUUCAGAUCCAUCCUUUCAGCAAGUCUAAAAAGAACCUAAUUAGUGUUCUUUACCAGCUCUACUCUGUGUUAGUCCAGAAACAAAGAAAAUACAAUUUUAUUGUUUCCUAAUUAAAGAGGAUUUUGGCAGGAAGCUACUGACAGUGCCAAACCUGGAGAUAAAAUAAUCAACAGGCUCUCAGCAUUUGCUGGUAAGGCA